AUGGGAAUGGUAUGUAGCUAUAUGAGGGAUAAACCUCAAAAUGAUACAGAAUAAUCUUAUCAGCACAGAAUAAUCAGCCCUGAAAAGCCUUUAAGUAAAAUAUAGAAGGUCUAGCAGCUCUAAGAGCUCCUAAGAGAUCAGAAGCAAGGAGUAAUAACCAUUAAUGGAUAGUCCUUUCAACUCGAUUUACUACUAGAAUAGGACAUUUUUCAACAGCCUUAAAUUUAAGAUGAAGAAGUCAAAAAAGAAGUCAAGCUAGAUUAAAGAGUGUAGUCAAAACCUUAGUUGGAGAUUGGGAAUUUGGUGAUAGAUUAAGAAAGAGAAAGGAAGCAAAACCAUGUAAGAUUUAAUGAUAUCUAAGUAGAGGAAUUCAAGAAAAGUAAUGAUCCAGAAAUAAAAAAUUCCACUUCUCACAAUUUGUCGCUUACUUAGUAUAAAUCCUCCAUGCCUGUUAAUAAGACUCCUGCUACAAGAUAAUUUAGCAACAUGGGCUUAAAGCCAAAGCUUACUAUAAAUCUAGGAAACAGAAAUAAUUAUUAGAAGAAGGACACUGGGCGAAACACAAAUAGUUUAAAAACCAACUAAGUUAAGUUGCAUUUUGCAUAUCUUUUUGCCUCACCUCUAGUCAUUAAGAUAGACUAAGUUUAUGAGGAUAUAUUGGAUGAAAUAAGCUUCAAAGAUGAAUUCAUGGGGAUUUAAUAAGCUUUGCAAACAGAUCAAACUCUAAUCAAGUACAGGUAUCAGCUCGCAACAAUUUAAAACCUAAGAGAUUGUUUAAGAUAGGAGCCUAUUGGCAUUCACUUCUCCGGUCAUGGGCUUUAAAAUGAUAAGUAAGUUUUGAAAAACCUAGCCUCUAUAAAAUAUCUAAAAGAGAUAGAAAACUAAGGUGAUAUUCUAGUUUUUGAAAACUAAAAAAGUGGGAGUUCGUUUUUUUUAUUUGAAAAGUAACUUUCAAAAUUGUUGGUUCUUCACAUGAAAAAAGAGCUUUAGUUUGUAGUUGUAGCAUCCUGCCAUUCAUAAAAGUGCGGUGAGAUAUUCAAAAAAGCAGGUGCUAAACAUGUAAUAUGUGUUUAAAAAGAGAAGUAGUUAAAUGAUAACGCAGCAGUAGUAUUCUCAUCGAUAUUUUAUUCUUAAGUUUUUCAUCCAGAUUAAACCUAUUCCAUAUGUGAAGCUUUUAAAACUGCCUAUGAAACUGUAGUUUAAGAUAUUGGCCUUGAAGAAGCAUCAAUCUUAAGAUUGCUUACAACAGAUAAUAUAGAUAUGAAAAAGCUACUAUAGAAUGGAGAAUUUUGUUCUCUAUGUCAAUAGUAAAAUGGAGGUUUGAAUUUAGAAUUUCAAUAAGGAACACUAGUAUCAGCUAUCAAACAACCAUAGCUAUUAAUCUUACCAUCUCUUGUAACCCCAUGGCUAUCUAGAGAUCUUGAUACUUAUCAGACCAUCGAGAAACUAAUCUUUGAAAGUGCAAGAAUUGUUGAAGUUUUUGGAAUGCCAGGUGUUGGAAAGUCAGCUUUGAUUUCAAAAGUGGUCAAUUACAUUGCCGAUAGAAAUUUAUACCCAGGAGGUAUAGUAUAUCUUAAUUGCCAAGGCAUAUCAAAAGUCAGGGAAUUAUUAUCUUUGUUCAUUUAAAAAGUCGAAUAUCAUCAUGACUAGACUUUCAAAAGAAUGUAAAGUUUGAAAGGCAUGAAAUCUAAAGAAAUUAUGACAAAAUUGUUUUCCUACACUAGGUCUGCAGAGAAAAUGUUGUUCGUUUUUGACAAUAUAGAUGAAUUGGUUCUGGGAGAGGAAAUAAAAUUGAGAAACACUUUCAAAAUGUUCAUCAAUGAACAUCAAAAUCUAUAACUUUUGUUUAGCUCUUCUAAAUUUAUGGGAAACUUAGAUCUUUUUGUAGUUAAAAAUCUAAAAUCCCUUUCUAUAUAAAAAGCUAGAGAUCUAUUUAUAAUGAAAAUUCCAUCAAACGAAGCUAGAGAUUAAUUCUUUUCACUGUCAACUUUAGAAAAAUUGCAUUAAAUAUCGAACGAAGAUGAAAAUAUAGAUUUACUCAAUAAGAGAUUAGCUCUAAAUACAAAAGCAUUAAUUGCUUUUAAUACAUACAAAAUUUGCAAACCCUGCAAGAUCAAAGGCCACGGUGGUAUUGUAGAAAAAUGUGUGAAGGCUUACUAUGAAAAACAUCCUCUUUUUAUGAUUUUAAAUGAACCUUUUUCAAUUUGCUUAGCUGCUUCAUAGCUUCAUUCUAGUUCAAUAGUUGAAAUUUACAAGAGGCUAAUUUCUCAUAAUGACUUUACAAAUAAAGAUGAUGCAUUAGUAAUUAGUAUUGAGUCUGUGUUUGAAAUGCUUAUGAAUAAAUCAGAAUUCGCUUUUGACAUGCUCAUCUUAAUUGGAUUAAGUCCUUAAGGUCUUGCUGAAGAUGAUCUAUUUGAGCUAUUCAAAUAAAAAGAUGAUCAGCUAGAGAAAAUGUAAGAUCUCAUCAAAAGUAUGGUAGAAACAUCUUUAAUUAUGAAGGAUGAGGAAACUAAUACUUAUAAAGUACAGAAUACCAUUCAUCAUUUCAUAGAAAGUAGAAUUAAAGAUAAUGUGGAAGCUAAGGGAAGUUAUUAUAGAAUGCUGGCAGCCAGAUACACAGAUAUUUUGAUUUAAGCUAAAAAGCAUGCUUAAGAAAAUGAAAUUGAAAUUACUGAGUUAAUUGAAAGAUGUGAAAGUUAUGACAAAAAUAUAGUAAGCUGUCUAAACUUCCUGAUCGAUCUCAAAUUUCAGCAGAAAAAGUAGGAACCUAAUUCUCCAUCGUACUCAAACUAAUAACUUGUUGAUUAGAAUAUUAUAAUAAGACAAUUAACUACUCAAUUAGCAAGACAAAUCACUAAAAAAUUAGAUGGAGGAAAGAAGAGAAAGGGCUUUGCAAAGAAUAAAUAAAUGAGUCAAAAUAAACUUGAGCUUGUUUCAUUGGUUGCAGACAAAACUGUUUAGAAAAUGCAAACCAUUGGCGGCAUCAACAAGUAUGAGAGUAAUUUUUAAAACGAUGAAUUAGAAAACAAAUAUGAUGUAGAUGUAUAGCUUGAUAGAAUUAAAGAGGAAAAUAAGGAAAAAAGAGAAUUAUAAUUUGAUGAUAUCACCAUUAAUAAAAAUCCAAAUUCUUAAAUAUCUACCAGAACUCUGAACCAGCCUAAUGUGUUAGUCUCAAAGUUUACAGAAUAAUUGAAAAAUAAUAUUCUUGAGAAGGUUGAAAAGCAACAAGAGCUAGAUUAAUCGAAUGACAGUAUAAAUUCACCUUUAUCUGGGAGAACAGAAGAUUUUAAAUUUUCUAGGAAGGAUUUAAAUAAUUCAAGAGAUGCAGAUUCAAUAGUUAGGAAUGUGAUAGGUAAUCCACAAUUAAAUAAUAGCAAGGAUAAUUUUAAACUCGAAUCUGAUGACUCCAUUACUAGCAAGUAAUUAGACAACGGGGAUCGAUAGGGAAGGCAGUUUGAUAUGCUUGUGGGAAUGAUUGCAACUUAACUUUAGAAGAAGAUUAAAAAAAUGAGUGACGAUGUAACAGCUUCAGACCUGCAGAAAUAUGAUUAAACACUGAAAAAGUUCAAGAUGUUCGAUAGAUUCAUUAUUUAAAAGCCAAGCAAAGUAGUUUAAAAUUUCAGAUAAAAUAAUCCAAACAGAGGUUGGACCAGAAGAUUUAGUAAAUGGAAUGGCACCAGUAAAAAAAAUAAUCCUGAUAAAGACAUUUAAAUAUUAGAUUAGGAUAAAUUAGGUGACAGUCUAUAAGUCAAUAGUAAAGCAAAAAAUGUCAAUAGAUAGCCUUCAAACUCCCUUCAAAUUUAAACCUAAAAUGCUAAAAAACGCUAAUCAACAAUGCUUAAUUCAAAGAAGCAAUUUGACUAAAAUGAUGAUGAUGAUUUUUAAAUGCAUCUAGUAUCUCAUGAAUAAAGGAAAACUGUACAUAAUCCACAAUUGAACUUAAACGCUUUUAAAUCACAAUAUGAAUCAAAUUAGAAAUUAAACUAAUUUUAAUUGGCCAAUUAAAAUAAUUAAGAUAAUCAGAAUAAUUAAACUUUAGAGACAGAAGAAAAUGAUUAAGAAUACCUUUCAAAUUCAGAUGAUUAGGAAGAAAAUUUGUCUGAGGGAUACAUUCUUCUCUAUCAUUACUUAUCAAUUCAAGCUUUAAAAAGUGAUGAGAAGUCUGAUUUAUAUCACCUUACAGUCAAAUUUAGAGUCUAAGAUAUGGAUCCAAUUUUCAGAUCAAACAUUGAUCUCCUUCUGGUUUAUUAAUAUUUCAAACUUAAUCGAGUAGGAUUGAUCGCUCCAGAAUUAGAAAAUAUUAGGAAAGUAUUCUAGCAGGAAAAAUGUAUUUAAGGCGAAGCUGUUACUAGUUUAUUUUUGGGAUAUUUCUAUGCAAAUCUAAAGAUCAGGCAAAAUGACACAGAAAAUCUUAAGAAAAGUUUUAGAUUCAUCUACAAAGGCUUUAAACUUUUUAAUAAGACAAAUGAUAAAGAAGGUUUGAUUCAUUGUAAUAGACUUAAAAGACUCGUUGAUCAUAAAAUGAAUAAUGUGAUGAGAGAUGAGAUGAACAAGAUUUCCACCUAGAAUACACACAAGAGAUCAGAUUCUUAGAACUCUCUUAAUUGGAAUCAAACAAGCACCACUUUAGGAUUCGAUUAGAUGCUUUAAGAAAUGGAUAAAAUCAAAGAAGGAGAUGGUCUCUAUCAGAAAAAGAGAUUUAAGAUUCUUAAAGAUGAGGAGAUCUUCAACUUUUUAAUUAACGAAGUAGAUCUUACCAAGAAGCAUUGA